AUGGAUAACAAUUCAACAAGAACCUUACACCCAAGAGAUGUCCUUCGCCAGAUUGCCGAGUCAAUGAAUGGGGAACACGAUGAACUUUCCGUGACCAUCCCCAUGUACACUACAUGGAGGUCGGCUCUCCAAGCUGUCGAGUCAGCCCUUAACGGUGUUGACGAGCCAUUUCUCGUCUUUCCUCACCGCAAUACAAACCGUCGCGCCAUACGUGAGUUGGGGUUGCAAGCAGCGUCGGAGCCCCACUCGGCAAAUGUCCAAGCUCUCCCCAUUCGAACCAGUGUUGACCUGGAGACGCUAGAACUCCGCCCACCUCUGAGUGAAGAAGGUCGCGAGCGUCUCCGCCAGAUGGCCAAGGAGGCUGCCAACACGGAAUUCCGAUAUCCCUACGCAUCACUCCGGCCAGUACUGGAAGACUCCUUCCUUCCUAUGAUCCAGGCCGAUCUUAUUAUACAAGGGUUGGAUGGAAGGAAAGCAGACCCGGUAUGCCAGCUCAAAGGGGUGAAUAUGAUAUUUGAUACGGGGGCGCAUAGGACUUUCAUCACCGAAGAGCUUCUCUCUCCUUCUUUCCGGGAAUACUUGCGGGAUUCGGUCCACGAUUCGUAUCGCGGAAUGGACGGCCUCUCUGUACAUGUUGAUGCCGGCAUCGCUUUGUCGAAUUGCCUUGUUCCUCUGGAUGCCGUUGCAGGUGUCAUACCCAAGUCCAAGAUGCCGAACCAGCUGGUCGGUAUAUUAUUCGGACAAGCCACAUGCAUUGAUCGACUCAGCUUUCGGGCUAUUCCUAGGCAUGUACUGCGUGCAAAGGGGGAAGAGAUCUCAGACGGACUCUGGGGAGACAUUUUGGCCGACGAAUACGUCAAUAUAGAUGGGGAGAUUGUCUCAAUCUGA